GAUGGGCGCAGCAGCACCCACCGGCCCUGCGACGGCCUGUGACCACAAGAGGGAGCCUCGGAGCCGGGGCACGGCUCGGUCCCCGCCCUCCGGAGGGCCACAUCCCCGCUCCAGCCCCUUCUCUGCUUCCCUGCCCCGGGCCCCAGUCGCCGCCUCCCCUCGCCGGCCUCCUGUCUGCGCAAGCCCACGCAGCUCCCCAGAUGAGGAAACCAAGGCCCAAGGCUGUACAAUUAGGCACUUCACCAGCACAGAGGCAGGUAUGGCGGGCGUGGAGCUGCGUGAGGGCACCAUCCAGGUGCAGGGUCAGAGUCUCUUCUUCCGAGAGGCUGGGCCGGGCAGUGGGCAGGCUGCCUGCUUCUCCGUGCUGCUGUUGCAUGGUAUACGCUUCUCCUCUGAGACCUGGAAGAACCUGGGCACGCUGCACAGGCUCGCCCAGGCUGGCUACCGAGCUGUGGCCAUUGACCUGCCAGGUCUGGGGCGCUCCAAGGAAGCGGCAGCCCCUGCCCCUAUCGGGGAGCUAGCCCCGAGCAGCUUCCUGGCAGCUGUGGUGGAUGCCUUGGCCCUGGGCCCCCCUGUUGUGAUCAGCCCGUCGUUGAGUGGCAUGUACUCCCUGCCCUUCCUCACGGCCCCAGGCUCCCAGCUCCGGGGCUAUGUGCCAGUGGCCCCCAUCUGCACUGACAAAAUCAACGCUGCUGACUAUGCUGGUGUGAAGACCUCGGUUCUUAUCGUAUAUGGAGACCAGGACCCCAUGGGUCAGACCAGCUUUGAGCACCUGAAGCAGCUGCCCAACCACCGGGUGUUGGUCCUGGAGGGGGCGGGGCACCCCUGUUACCUUGACAAACCCGAGGAGUGGCAUACAGGGCUCCUGGAUUUCCUGCAGGGGUUAGCAUGAGGCCCAGGCCUGCUGAUGGCGGUGGGGCAACCUGCCUGCCUUGGUCUCUCUCUCAUUCUCUCUCCCUCCAGGGCUCCUGCUCAUUAUGCACACGCAACACGUGUGUCUGUCUGUCUUUUGUCUCUUAGGGUCUAUCUGUCUUUUCCUCUUCCUCUUUCUCUUGCAGUGACAGACUGGAGCGGUGAAAUCCAGAGAAAAAAAUUAAGGAAUCAAGGAACAUAAUCUGGUGGAGGGUAAUCCAUUAGAUGAGCUUCCCUUAUAGACAUUCCUGCUGGGCCUGCACUCCUUCCUCUGCUCUGACCAGCCUUCCCCCACCUCCCACCUCCUCUGCUCCUUUGGCUGCCCUGCUGAGCAUUCACACCCCUUACCCCCACCUCUCAGGCCACGGAUACAUACAUGCCCACCCACAUGUUUCUGGAGGGACAGGCACACUCUCCCAGCAGCUAUGCAUUGCGCGCGCGCAUACACGCAAACUGUGCCUCUCAUACAACACUUGCACAGGCACAUGCUGCCCUUCUCAACCAUAUAGCAUGCCACAUCUGGGAAGGUGGGGACCUCAUGGGCCAGGCCUUGCAGGAGAUCCUCUGCCAGGCUUAGGUGUGGCCAGCUCUGAACUUCAUUUACCCACAGGCUGCAACUGGCCUUAGAUAAGAAAUGCCCCCAAAAGCAGAGGGCCACCCAUUCCAUCCUCAGGUCUCCCAGCUUUCCCCCCUCCUUCUGGGUGCUCCACAGAGCCUCAGGUUAUUAGGCCUGGGUCUUCUCAAUCGAGCUUGCUUCCUGCGCUGAGGUUUGGGGGCUGGGGAGACGGAGAGCGGAGGUCUGUGAAAUAAAGUGAUGCAAUUAGA